AAUCUAUGGAAUUACUCAUUUAUAGAAGACAAAAGUUUAAUAUGAGGUGUAAAUUGCUUUUUUUGUAAUUUAUUUGUUUCUAACGUUUACAGUUACACAUAUGAGUGUUAGUUUGUAAUUAAAAAAAUUGAAUCAUUUUAUAUAUUGAACUGAUAUGUCAGACCCCCGUUUGAAAACGUUAAAAAUUAAAACAGGUGUUGUCAAGAGGUUAGCUAAGGAAAAAGUUACAUAUGAGAAAGAAGCCGACCAACAGCGUGCCAGAAUAGAAAAGUAUAAAGCAGACGGCAAAGACGAAUAUGAUAUUAAAAAACAAGAGGAAGUUUUACAGGAAACAUUGAUGAUGGUACCAGAUUGUCAAAGAAAACUUGUGAAAGCUUUUGAUGAAUUGAAGGGCAUUCUGGACACUGAAAUAGAUUUGAAAGAAAGUGAUGAAUACAAUAGUGCAGUUAGUGUUUUAGACGAGGCAAAACUGCAAUUACCUCAACCAACUGAAAUCUAAAAUAACUAUUUUGCCA